UAGUUUCACUUCGCCUCGCAAGUCGCAACAUGCAAAUUAUUGGAAUUAUAACCUCAAUUUUAGCGUGAAUUUUCAUACUUAAAUAAAAGCUUAGAAUGAAUCAACAUUUGAGGGGCCAAUUCCAGAAAAUGGGGGCUGAUGAGACGGCGUCCCUUUUGGCUACGCAAGUCUACUUGGAGCUGUGCGAAGUUAAGCGCUACUGGAGCCCAAGUUACGAAUUCAACCCAGAGCUGGGAAAGAUCGUCAUAAAAGCGAAAAAGAAACCCACUGAGGACGUUGUAGUCUUUGUGCCAAUUGCCAGCUUCGAGUGCCUGAGUUUUGAGAAAAUGCAGCAGUUUUUAAGCAGCACCCAGACCAAAAGCCUAUUUUUGGCGAUCGUUCAUCCGGAUUCCACUUGUAUCUACUACAAGGUGACUGCAGAUUUGGAAGAACCGACGGACGCAACAGCCAAGCACCUCAAAGUGGAUAAGAAGCAGAAACUGGAUGCGGAUUUGAGGAAGCACAGAGAGCUCAUUGAACAGGCUGCCCUCUAUGGGAUUCCCAUCACUAUUCCCAAACUGGUCAGCAGGGAAGAGGCCGAAGCAACGUGUAGCUCCACAGUUUAAGAGCUAAAGGAGUAUAGAGGCAAUGGAGGAACCGAACUGCCCAGCAGAUGAGAGCGAGUUUCUAAGGCUCUGAGAUAGAGUUAUGUUCCGUUGCACAGCGGCGGAUCCAGCUUUAGUCAGGGGGAGGGGGUUAUGUAGAAAAAWUAGAGUCUUCUGUUAUCUUUGAAAUUAAAAAAAUGAUCGUCGUUUUGUGCAAGGGUGGCGCAAGAUUAUUGCAAAA